AUGGGUGUUCCGGACAGCAAUAUCGAAGGACUUGAACGCCGGCGCCGCGAGCUUGAGGGCAACAUCUUACAACUGCAACAAUCUCUUUACCACUGGAGGACAUGGGAAGCGGAGUACGAGGGCCUGAAAGAAGGCAUAAGCGACCUAGACGACGAUGCCACAACUAGCGACUUUUUACGAGUUAGCCGCGAUUUCUGCGGGACGUUCGUCACCGAGGACGAAUUUCGAGUGAUCAUCGGCGAGAAACAAGGCCUCCAGCGGAAUAGAGAACAAGUGGCCGCCCUUAUUUCGCGACGAAUCGACUAUGUGAAGGACAAUGUUGAUUCGAUGGAAAAGAGAUUGCGCGCGGCCGAGUCUCAAAUGGAAGCCUUAGAUUCGGCUGAACAGCAACCGCGGAACCCAGCAGAGGAUUUCCCGAUGAGGGAGAUUAUUGAGGAACUUGACGAAGACGGGGAAAUUAUUUCGAGUACAACUACAAACCCGGGGGACCAGGCUUCGAGCCUGUUAGAGAUCCUGAAGAAGGCUGGUGUUCAGGACAUACCAGACCUCCCUAAGCCGGAUACCUCCGCAUCUACCGAGUCGCAACCGUCGGAGCCUACACUGGAGAAUGAUUCUGCUAUAAAUCCUCAAGAAACGGGAAAUAAGCAUGAUGAUUUACCGGAGGCUGGAUCGGAGCAUGUCCCAUCCGCAAGGAACGGGGUCUCUCUGCCUGUGACUGCAUCAGUGACUGAUGCGGCCGAAACCCCGGAAGAAUCUGAGAGAGAGGUUCCGGUUGUGGAUGUUGACGAGUCGCCAGAGGAUGCCCAGCUCCGUCGUGAAAUGCUGCGGUAUGGUCUGGAUGAAGUUGGUGCGGUAGUCGCCGAGCUUGAAUUGGAUGAUGAUGCAAGUGAGGUCUCUCUUGAAGACUACGAUUCAUAUCCAUAUGACGACGAAGACGAAGAUGAGGAAGAUGAGUAUGGACGCACUAUUGGGCCCGUUCUGGACGAAGACUAUCAUCGGCAGAUGCGCGAGUUGGAGGCGAAAUUGAACGCCCGGGGCAUGUGGAAUGUGGGCAAAGAUUCCGCAUCGCUCCCCAUACACGUGAAAGAGGAUCUUGAGCAACCGGCCAAGGUUAAGAUAGAGAGGACCGUGGAAUCAAAUGACGAACCGGCCCCCAAAGCAAAGUCAAAGAAAAAGGUUGCUUUCGCCGAAGAGCUUGACAUCGCCCCAGCCCCCAAACCUCCAGCGCCUGAAAGCAAGAAGGUCGUUCCUCGCGAGCCUGAUGUCCCCGUCUUAUCGGACUCUAUCAUUGAACGUACAAAGCCGGAAAAACCCUCUGGUACUGCCACUGCACCGGCCCCAAAGAAAACCUCUCGUUUCAAGACAGCUCGCGGUACUGGAGAAACCAUUGCCGAUGUGAACUCUGUUGCACCUCCAACCCUUGGUCAACGCAAAACUUCUUCACUUGGACCAACCCCGGCAAUGCCUUUAUUUCCCGCCAAGCCCGCAGAACCGAAACCCUUCUCCCAGCCUAUCUCCGACAUCACCGAAAAGCCACCGGGUCCUGUGACUCCCACCGGACCCAAGGGCAAAAUCCUUGCAGAUACCCUUGUCGAGCGUGACAUUGCGGAGGGAACCGCCACAGCUCCAGAGCCAGACGAGUUAGACGAAGAACUUCAUCGGAAAGAAAUCGCCACUGAAUUUCACCGGAUGAGAAACAGAAUGGCCAAACAAAACGGUGGCUCCCUGGAAGAUGAUGAUGAACAAGAGUUUGUUCCAGUUGAGGAACCGCCAAAGCGAAUCAGCAAAUUCCGGGCUUCUCGGAUGGUAUAA